AUAGAGACAAUUUGUUAAGUACGUGGUAGAAACCAGAUAACCAUUGUUGGCUGUGGUCCUUGAACGAAUUUCUGGAAAAUUCAAUAUUCUGCGUUCUUAAAACACAUUGACUCAAAAUGUUUGGAAGAUCAAUGUUUAGAGGAUUAGAAGAAGAUCCAUUUUUUGCUGCUCACCGAAACCACAUGGCCAAUAUGAGUCAGAUGUUUAACGACCCGUUUCAAAUGCAAAAUAUUGGACCAAGAAUGAUCCAAGAUAGAAGAGAUCCCAGAGCAGCUGAUAGAUCCAGGGCUGUACAACAACAACAACAACAACAACAUAUGGACCCUUUUGGUUUUGGAAUGUUCGAUAACAUGAUGUUUGGUAACAUGAGAAAUAUGAUGGCAAAUAUGCACCAGCAAUUUGACAAUGUUGGUAACAAUCCAGAUGGACACAGCUACAUGCAGUCAUCCUUUAUGUCCUAUUCCAAUACAGGCGACGGAGCACCGAAAGUAUAUCAGGCCUCAUCAUCAACACGUAGAGCUCCAGGAGGGAUCAAAGAAACAAAGAAAAUGGAGAAAGAUUCGGCAUCUGGUUUGGAGAAAAUGGCUAUUGGACAUCAUAUACAGGACAGAGGUCAUGUGAUUGAAAGGUCUAGAAAUAGGAGAACAGGAGACGAGAAUGAAAAUCAGGAAUUCCAUCAUAUAGAUGAUACCCAAGCCCAAGAAUUUGACAGAGAAUGGACAGAAAAAACACAACAGUUCAGGGGACCAACUAGGCUUGAAUAUGCAAGGAGAGGAGAGAGAUCUGAUCGAAGAAGGGAUAAUUUGGCAAUUGAAGGAAGCAAAAAGAGAGACAAACACUCCUACAGGGAUAGAGACUGAGAAAGUAAAUGGAUGAAUAUGUGUGGAUCGUGAUCAACAGUAUCGUUCUGUGAUGACAGUUUUAUUUAUUUUUUGUACAGAAAUAAAAACUAUAAAAAACUGAUCAUUUUUUUCACAUUUUGAAAAUACCUGGCAGCUGCUUCUAACAGAAGGGUAAUGCGUUGCCAUUCGACGAUCAUACAAGCAUUCCGAAAGACUUUAUUGUUGUCCGAUAUUGAACAAUUGUGUCAAAGGGUGUAAUAUUAUAUGGACAUUUUGUUAUUGUUGUAUUUGAAAUCAAACUAUAAUCUGUUUUUUUUAGAAAAAAAUGAUCAAUUUGCACUCAGUUUAGGUUGCCAUAGAAACACAAUAGUCCCAUAUUUUAUCAGUAGCAAUCAGUUACUGUAAAAUUUUGAAGUGUAAGUUUCGUAGAAGUAAGUUUGAAAUAGUGCUGGUUUUAUAAAACUUGUGCAGUCAGAGGUCAAAAGUGUUUCACCAUUUUGAAAAUUACGAUAUAUACAAUUUUUUUUUUAUCAAAAUCAGACCUCAAAUUAGAUCUUGACAAUGUUUUAAAAAAUGAGGUAAUUUCUGAAAAGUGAAAGACUUUUUGACCUAAAAGCAAUUGUUACCUGUUUUUAACAGAUAUGUACAUACUUUUGUGGGAAAAGCUGUGUUGAAAAAGUUUUUAGUUAAUACUGUUCCAUGUGUUUACAGGUUUCUUUUUAUUGUAUGGAGUUUGUAUGAAUGUUGUAUGACACUUACAUGUAUUUGAGUUCAAGGUGUUAAAUUUUUUUUUGAUACUUUUUGAAAUGAAAAUAUACCAUUUUUCAAAUUUAUAUUCUGGGCUUGAAUAAGGCUGUGCCUUAAUUAGGAAACUUCAAAAAAUAUUUUAAUGUAUUUGUAUAUAUACGAGUCAUUUCCCAAACUUAUUUUUAUUUACAGUGCAUUCUAUAGAAAAUUUAUCACAGUUGUAUAUUUAUGGAUCAAAAUUACUGUCAUUCCAUUUAGCACUCUCACUUAUACUGUAGAUGACCAAAUGGCAGGGUUCAAAUUACUUUGUUUACAGUUUUAUAUUGUUACUAACACUUUCCUAAGAACAUUCCUACAACAAACACAGAAUCUAUUAAUACCUACAAAUCCAAAACAUGGCAGAGUAGAUAUUUGAAUAAGAUAUAUUAUCGUUCUAUAUAUUAUACAUAUGUUGACAAUAUUCCUUGAUACACUCAUAGUAAAAGACUUCAUGUUUAAUUUACCUCUUGAAAUGCAAAAGAUUUUAUUCUUAACUUAAUCAGAUGGUUUAAUAUUUAUUCUCAUAAACUCAUAAAAUAGAAAUACAGUUUCUUUAAAAGAUUAUUAAAUUGGAGUAUAUGUACAAGUAAAUUUUGCUCGUGUUGGCCUAAUUUUGUUAUUGUUCUUUGAACUCUAGAGUAUUUGUAAGGGUAGUAUGUAUAAUUGCUAUUUUCUUUGAUGUUUCUAUAUGAAAAUUUUUCAUCUCAAGAUACUCAACUGACAUGGGUUUUCUGAGCAAAGGAAAUUGAGAUUUAUCAGAUUAUCUCUGAUCGUUCAACUUUAGGAAGUUUUAAAGGUUACAUCUCACAUUAGGGCUAUCUUCAUUGGAUGAUAUUGUAACCACUAAGGUCCCUUUCACAUUUUCAGAACCAAAGCUAAUUUUUCAAUUACUGUCAUUGUACCAGAAUAUUGUUUGUUAUUUUUUGUUGUUAUGAUAUACUUGUUUAUAUGUAUAUAUGCAUAUAUACAUAUUGAACAGUUUACAGUUAGUAUAUUUCUUUUUCUCUUGGGGUCAUUUGAGAAAUUCGGCAUUUAUAAAUUUAAAUUUGUCAGAAUUAUUUUUCAUUUAUAUCAUAGUGUUUUUUUCCAACAAAAAGAAGAAUAUUCAUAUAUGAAAUGAGCAUAGUACAUAUAUGAUAUAUAUAGCAACAGAAAUCAGUACAUAAAAUUAUAUUACUUCGUCACACAAAAAUGCAGUAUUUCAUUCCGUUUUUGAAAUCCCUGAGAAUAAGUGCUCAUGAUCGAACCAGUAUUUAUUUAAAAUGAAUUUUAAAUAAUUUUUCCUUUAAAAAAAACAUAGGGCUGAUAUAUGUUUCAUUAAUCAUACCAAUAAAUUGGUUUUGGGAUUUUCUUUGCAUCGUUUCUUGGUCAGAAAUCAGAUUGACAUUGUGUGUCUACAAUGGACUAUUAUUAUAUUAUUGUUGUUAUAUUAUCUUAUGUAGUGUGCUUGACAGUAUAAUAUGGUAUUUUGUACUGACUAAUAUUGUCCAUUAUUUAUAUUAUCAUGUGUCUUUACCCAGUGAGGACCAUAACCUAGUUAACUUUGUACAUUAUAAAUGUAAUGUGUAGUUUAUGAGAAACAUACACCACAUUCGAAAAUACCGUUGAAAGCUCAAGAUUGAUACUAUCGUAUCUAAAUUGUAUUUUUGGCAUCUGGUUCUCAUUGUGAGACUAAACAAGAUGCUCUAUCGAGUCACUAGAUGUUGAGCUCAGCAGAAAAUUUGUUAACUAAUCAGAAACAGAAAAAACUUGUUCGCGUUUACCAUGACAAUAGUUGGUGAAAAGUCCAUUCAUGUAGUUUGAAGUGUCGUCAGAUAAAUAAGAUUCAAUGGUAUUUUCAAACACAAUGUACUUUAUCAUGUUUAUACAUCCCAAAAGUUUUUUUGUAUUUCUUCAUUGUAGACAGAUUUGAAAUAAAUUAACUCUUUGCACUUAAAAA